AGUCCUGAGAGUUUCAAAGUCGCAAGAAGAUGCUGUUGCGUGUGAUCGUUUCAGCAAAGGACAUUAGAAAGCUCCGCUUGGACUCAGUUCCAGAUUCCGUUGAUGGCCUGAAACGGGUGUUGAAAAACAAACUGCAGUUACACUCUUCAUUUGACCUUCAAUAUGAAGAUGAGGAUUUCAAAGACUUCUGUAACCUCACGUGUGUUGACGAUCUACCAAAGGACAAGGUGACAUUGCAAGUCAUUUUCUGCCCUGUCUCUUCAGACUCAAGUUUGGACACUUUUGGCUCUGCUGUACCUUUGUCUCCGGCAGCAUCUUCUUCAGCUCAAACAUCAUCUCCGACGACAUCUUCUUCAUUGAGCAGCCAAACAGAGUGCUUUGCAGGUCAGCGUUCACAGCAAUGGCCAGCUCAUUUUCACAUUCCCACCUUCUCAUAUGAUGUUGAGCUGAGGCUCAGGCAGGGCAAUGAUGCUUUUAGAGAAAGUGGAGCACUUCUAUCCAUUUCAAGGGACAUGAAGUCUGAGAUUCUGCUCAAACUUGUUGAAAAAAUAUAUUCAUUCAUGACCUACCCUACACUUGAACAUUUUGGAUGUGUAGCCAAGGCACUCGUUGAAAAACACCCUUGCCUUACAGAACCUGGCUCCACAUGUGGAUGGUAUGGAUGGAAACACAGCAUAAAGUUCAAGAUGGGCAAUUACAGACAGAAAUUGAAAAAUUUGGGCUGCCGAGAACUGGAGGUUAAUUCUGAGAAAAGAGGUGCUGGGGACACACGAGGGAAGAGAAACAAAGUGAAGAAACCUCGACGGUCUGAAACAAAUUUUCUUCCAGAUCUCCCCCAGGGAAAAGACAGCCGAAGUCUUGAAGAAGAUAGAGAAAAGAUGGUCCAGGAGAUGAGAAAAACCACCCCAAACCUGGCCUACAUCGAUGAUGCAAUGAAUGCCACAUACGCACUGAGAAGACAGGAGAUUGUUGAAGAGGAGCCACCUGUGGCCGAAAUGAGAGUCAGAUGGCCAGCCCUUUUUACUGAAAGACAGAUCAUCAAGGAAUUCACCAGACUCAUGUCAAUGGACAUCAAUAAGUUCUAUGAGGGUCUGGACAGCCAUCUGCAUAAACUUCUUCAGUUAUUCCGGUUGAAGCGCUUCGAGGAAGUUCAAGAAAUGACAUCCUUAAUGGAGAGUCUCGACAAGGAUGCAUCAAACCAAAGGAAGAGAGCAGCAGCUUUGCAGGGGCUGCCAUGGUACGUGAAGGAAAAUCCUUCUACAUUGAUGAAGAGAUGUGAGCCAACAGAUCCUGGAGAGGACGUCAUCAAGGGAAUGAUGAUUGGAAUCCUUUUGGUCGUUGAAGAUGUGAAGGAGCCCCUUCCAGUUUCCUACAACGAUGUUGCCAUCGUCAUUGAGGAAAAGAUUGUCAUGCGUCAUCUUGGUGAUGUACCCAACGCUUUUGUGAACCUGAUGGGCCUGCUGUACAUGCUGAACCUUGACUAUCCAAAAGACACAAAAUAUACUUUUGAGGUGAUUCAGCGCCUGUUCAUGGGAAUCGGGUCUGAGAUGUGCACUCCCAGAGUCCACUCUUUAAAGAAUAAACUGCUCAGUUAGUGUGAUGGCUUAGGAUGAUGUUUCUGCAUUUGGCCCUGA